UUCAUUCUACAUCAAUCUCUCAUCUUCUUAAUCAAAUACACAUUCGUUUAGCAAAUCCGACAAUGGCAAAAACCGUGUUUGCAGCCAUAUUCUAUCUUCUCUUCUUAUGUGCCAACUCGGCAAGAAUCCUCGAUGAGGUGGUACCGCAGGAUCCGUUCGUUGUGGGCCCACCUGCUGCCACAUCGACUUUACCUUCUCCCGUUGCUACUUUUCCAAGUGGCCAAUUUCCUGCCAUUCCGACCGUAGACGAAGCUGACUCACCUGUUGUUUCUGCCACGGUGGCAGCACCGGAUGAUGAUGUGGAAGCACCGGAAACUGACGUGGCACCUGUAGUUCCUCCUGUUACAGUAGGAUCACCAAUUCCUGUUCCAACUCCAAUCGCCACAUCACCAAGCGGGCCAUCGUCCACCGUCCCUACAACUGCCACAGUGGCAAAUCCAACAGGCCCACAAACUCCAAUCGCCACAUCACCAAGCGUCGCGACAAAUCCAACCGGCCCGCAAACCACAGGCGCCGCCACAUCAGCUCCAAUAUUAUCUUUCUUCAUGCACGACAUCCUCGGCGGAUCUCAACCGUCCGUCAGAGUAGUCACCGGAAUAAUCGCCCGAACCGACAUCAACGGAAUCCCAUUCUCAGUGCCCAACAACAACUUCUUCCCACUCCAAGGAGGAACGCCAGUCCCAAAUCUCAACAACAUCAACAACCUCAUAAACCCAACCACCGCUCCACUAAUCACCGGCCUAAAUCCCGGCCAAGCCAACACAGUUCUCCAAAACAGCGCCAACAACAACAACGUCGUCAACGGAAACAACCAACCAUUCGUCACAGCCGGCCAACUCCCAGCCGGGUCAAUCCAAAAACUCAUGUUCGGGUCCAUCACAGUCAUCGACGACGAGUUAACAGAAGAACACGAGUUAGGCUCACCUGUAAUAGGUAAGGCACAAGGGUUUUACCUAGCCAGCUCAUUGGACGGCACCAGUCAUACGAUGGCGUUUACAGUUAUCAUGCACGGCGGAGAUAACAAUAACCACCAUGGUAAUGUUAUUGAAGAUACGAUCAGCUUCUUCGGAGUGCACAGAACGGCGUCGCAUGAGUCGCAGAUUGCGGUGAUCGGCGGUACCGGAAAAUAUGAGAAUGCUAAAGGGUACUCGGUUGUUGAGACUAUUCCUGACGUGAAUCAACAUACUACUGAUGGUGUUGAUACUGUCAUGCAUUUUACUGUUUAUUUGUCUGAGUAAUUUGUAUUUGUGUUCUUGUUUUGUAUUUUGUUUUAUGUUUGGAAAUUUCUGUAAUGGAAGGUAAUAUAUCUGUUAUGUAAUAUUGCAUGGUUCUUCUGUUAAUUUGAUUUAAGGGGUAUUUUUUUGGCU